AUGUUCGACCUCUACAGGCUGAAAAUGCCUUUCGGGUUAAAAACAGCACUAGCGGAACCUAUAUUGCAGUACCCGGAUUUUGACAAAGAUUUUUUGUUAGCUUCCGAUGCUUCGAAUUAUGCUGUAGGUUGGAUUCUAUCUCAGGGGAAAAUGGGUAAUGAUAAGCCAAUCGCUUAUGCGUUAAGAGUUCUGAAUUCAAGUGAAAUAAACUAUUUUACAAUCGAGAAGGAAUGUUUAUGUAUUCUUUUUGCUAUUAAACAUUUUAGGCCAUACUUAUGGGGAAAACGAUUUAAAAUAGUUACUGAUCACAGGCCACUAGUUUGGCUUUUUAACGUAUCAGAUAUGAACUCGAGAUUAACACGGUGGCGUAUAUUAUUACGAGAAUUCGAUUAUGAGAUAGUAUAUAAACCGGGCACGGAACACAGUAAUGCAGAUGCGUUAUUACGUAUUUACGUAAUCAAAAAUUUGGAUACAAUGUCGUUCGAUGAAUUUAUGAACAGCAACAAUGCAUAUUUAAAUAAUAAUAUUGAAGAAAUUAAUGAAACAUAUAAUGAUAUGCCGUGCUAUUAUGAUAUUAUUUUAACAUUAACUGCAGAUGUACAAUUAAAAAUGUAA